AUGGUCUUCGAAGUUAUAUUAGUAAUACUAAUAGCGACCUUACUUUACAAAUGGAUACUGUCUUUGUUGGACAACCUGCCUGAUGUCAGCAAAAUGACAGUCUUUAUCACUGGAUGUGAUAGCGGGUUCGGCCAAGAUCUGGCCUUGAAAUGCCUUCGUCAUGACAUGACUGUCUUUGCUGGGUGUUUAACUGAUAAGGUAAAAUUUGUUUAAAUUAAAAAAAUGUACUUUUAAAUUUAAAAUGGUGGCAAUAAGUUUUGUUUAAAAAGUGUCUUUUAUACAUAAUCACCUCAUGUGUAACCCCAAAAUAAAAAACCUCUUGCUUUAGGGCAUAAAAGAACUAGAAGACUACAUUCCCCUCCUGCCUUCAGGCAUUUUACACCCAAUCAAGAUCGAUGUAACUACAGAUGAAUCUGUAAUAGAAGCCAAGAACAAGAUAGAAAAGAUUCUAGAAGGCAAAGGCCUCGAUGGACUAGUCAACAAUGCUGGAAUUGUGGGAGAGAUUGGCUUUGAUGACUGGCUAACUCUAGAUUCAUAUAAAGCAGCAUUGGAAGUAAACCUGUUCGGAGUGAUCAGAGUCACUCAUGCCUUUAAAGAGCUGAUCAAAAUGAACAAGUAGGUAGAAAAACAUGCUAUACAGAUUUAAAGACUGUUGAAGUAUAGAUAUGUAUAUAUAGGGUCAUAUCAUAGUAGGUAGCAUUAUAACAAAUUGCAGAGGAAGAAUAGUAAACGUAGCUAGUGUAAUGGGAAUUGUCUCCAUCAGUGGCCUAGCCCCGUACUCAAUAUCAAAGUAUGGUAUUAACGCUUUUUCCAAUGCAAUUCGGUAAGACAAGCAAUAAACUAAGAAAACGAUAAGCAAUAAUAUAAUAAUAAGAAGAACAACAAAACAAUAACAACCUAAACUUCAGAACAGAAUACAAACAAUUUGGAGUUACAGUAUCCACAUUAGAACCUGGGUUCUUCAAAACGCCAUUAGCGUCGCCUGAAAACAAUAAAAUAAGGAUUCAGAAGCAAUGGGAGAAGCUGCCUGAAGCAGUGAAGAACGAGUACGGAGAUGAAUUCUUUAACAAAAGUAGGUUAUAAUACCUUGUAUAACGUAUUUUACCAUUAAAAAUUUACAAAAAAGUUUAAUUUUGCAAAAUAAAACAAAUUUAAAUGUUUAGAGCAAUACCUAAACAUUUAAAUUAACAUAUACGUUACAAAUAUCAACAUUUUCAGCCAGCCAAACCACCCACGACCUCCUUGACCUCAUCUGUUCCCCAUCUACCUAUCUUGUUGUAGAUGCCUACUUCCACGCUUUAACCAGCAAGUUCCCCAAGGCCAGAUAUCCAGUAGGCUGGGACUAUUACUUCGUAUUUUACCCCUUUUCACUAAUGCCAACAUAUCUGCAAGAUACCUUCAUAACCAUCGUUUUUAAAAUCCGUGGUAUUCCAAGACCUCAAAGAAUGAUAAUAUAA